AUGGCUCUAAAGUUAGAUAUGUCAAAAGCGUAUGAUCGGAUUGAAUGGAAUUUUGUUAAAGCUACCCUAAAGUCAAUGGGGUUUCCUAGUAAUGUGGUGGACUUAAUUCUGAAUUGUAUAUCUACUGUGUCUUAUCAAAUCCUCAUCAAUGGCCAACCUAGUAAGAGUUUCAACCCCGAAAGAGGUCUCAGACAAGGUGACCCCCUUUCUCCCUAUCUUUUCAUUCUUUGUGCUGAUGUGUUGUCUGGUUUAAUGAAGAGAAAAGCUGUAACGGGAGGAAUUCAUGGAAUUAAAAUUGCAAGGCAAGCUCCGAAGAUAUCUCAUUUACUUUUUGCAGAUGACAGCCUGUUGUUUGCAAGAGCAAGCUCUACUGAAGCCGAUGUGAUUCUUAGUGUUCUUGCUGAGUAUCAACAAGCAUCAGGACAGGUGGUUAAUUUGGACAAGUCAGAAGUAUCCUUUAGUCAAAAUGUGCGUAAUGAAGAGAAAGACAUGAUCCGUAACAGGAUGGGUGUAAAGACGGUGGAUAAUCAUUCUAAGUACCUCGGUCUCCCUGUGGUUUUUGGAAGAUCUAAGAAGCUCAUUUUCUCGCUUGUCAUUGACCGUGUCUGGAAAAAGGUGAAGGGUUGGAAGGAAAACUACCUAUCUAGAGCUGGUAAGGAAAUUCUCAUCAAAGCGGUUGCUCAAGCAAUUCCAAACUAUAUCAUGAGUUGCUACAAAUUACCUGAAAGUUGUUGCCAAGAAAUUGAAUCUAUGUUAGCUAAAUUUUGGUGGGGAUCAAAAGAAGGAAAAAGGAAGAUUCAUUGGAUGAGUUGGGAAAGAUUAUCAAAGUCAAAGAAAGGUGGAGGCAUGGGAUUUAGAGGAAUCAGCAAUUUCAAUUCAGCCCUCCUAGGGAAGCAUUGUUGGAGACUAAUAACAGGUGAAGAAUCACUUAUGGGGAGAGUUUUCAAGAGUAGAUACUAUCCUAGAGCAUCGUUUAUGGAAGCAAAGAUUGGCUAUCAACCGAGCUAUGCUUGGAGGAGUAUUCAAAGUGCAAAGGAGGUCAUAAUUUUAGGAUCCAGAUGGAGAAUUGGAAAUGGAGAGAAAGUUAAGAUUUGCAAGGACAAGUGGUUACCUAACCAAGUGGGGUUCAAAGUAUGGAGCAGAUGUGAUGAGCUGGAAGAAGAUGCACUUGUCAGCACCCUUAUUGAUCCGGAUACCAAACAAUGGAAGCGAGAUCUAGUGUCACAUAUAUUCUUCCCACAUGAAGCAAAACAAAUUCUGAGUUUACCAAUUUCUCCAAGACUCCCAUCUGACAAAAUUAUUUGGCACUUUGAAAGAAAUGGCGAGUACUCUGUGAGAUCGGCACAUCACUUACUGAAACAACACAGCUCUAGGAAUGCUGCUGGUACCUCUGGUCAACAAACAGACAUUUUAUGGAGAGAAAUUUGGCGGGCACCUGUCCCUAAUCGAGUGCGGAAUUUUUUGUGGCGACUUGGAAAAAAUAUACUACCCACCCGGGCAAACUUGUCAAGGAAAGGCGUACAAGUUGAAAAUCUUUGUCCUCAAUGUAACAAUGCUCCUGAAACAAUUGACCAUCUUUUCCUCCAUUGUCAACUAGCUCAACUCACAUGGUUUGCAUCCCAAAUUGGUGCUCACGCACCUCAAAAUCUUCCCCUUAACUCAUGGUUGCUGCAAGGUACUGCAACUGGCUGGGGAAUGGUUGUUUACAAUCAAGUGGGUAAUGUUGUUCUAUCUGCUUGUAGAAAGGAAUUUAUUGAUGUUGAACCUGUGUUGGCUGAGGCACUUGGUGUGAGAUGGUGCCUCCAAAAAGCUAUUGAAGCUAACAUGAAAGAUAUUGUGAUUGUCUCUGAUGCUGCCACUGUGGUAAAUUGUAUCAACUCAAACCAGUCUAUAGCUGUGAUAGAAAUUGUUAUCCAAGAUUGUAAAUUACUCAUUGAACAAUUAGAUAGCGUAGUUGUGACACAUGUUAGGCGUCACUUAAAUUCUGUUGCUCAUGGUUUAGCAAAAUUCUCUAAUGUAGUUGGUACUAAAACGUGGAUGGGAGUAGUUCCAAAUUCCCUUGCUGCAGCUGUGUGUAAUUUAUAUGGUGUUUCAUCACCUUCUAGUUGA